AUGGAGAGCUUCUUGUCAUCCGUCUGCACGCCGAUAAAUCUGCAGUUCAUUGACGUGGCAUACCACGUCAAGGUCGAGCGGGCGGCGGCUGAGGAGAAGAUUGUACUGAAGGGGAUCACCGGCCAGGCGCGCCCAGGAGAAUUGCUGGCCGUGCUGGGCCCCACCGGGAGCGGCAAGUCGACGCUGCUUUCCAUCCUCGGCGGCCGCCUCUCCGGGCACCACCUGGGUACGGUGCUAGCAGACGGUCGGCCGCCGUGCCGCGCCGUGCGGCGCCGCACGGGCUUCGUGGCGCAGGACGACGUGCUACACCCGCAGCUCACCGUCCGGGAGACGCUGGUGUUCUGCGCGAUGCUGCGGCUGCCGACCUCGACUCCUGCCGCCGCAAAGACGGGCGCCGCCGAAGCUGUGAUUGCCGAGCUCGGCCUGGGAGCUUGCGCCGACACCAUGGUGGGCAAUGGUGUUUCCGGCGGCGAGCGCAAGCGCGUCAGCAUCGGCCACGAGAUGCUCGUGAAUCCGAGCCUGCUCAUCCUCGACGAGCCCACAUCCGGGCUCGACUCCACAGCCGCGGUCCGCCUGGUGUCCACGAUCUCGGCGCUGGCUCGCAAGGGCCGCACCGUGGUGAUGUCGGUGCACCAGCCGUCGAGCCGCCUGUACCGCACGUUCGACUCGCUGUUGCUGCUCGCGGAAGGUAGCUGCGUAUACCACGGGCCUGGCGGCGACGCAUUGGAAUACUUCGCGUCAUUGGGCUUUGCGCCCGGCUUGCACGUCAACCCGACAGACUUCAUGGUCGACCUUGCCAAUGGCUUCGCUCAAGAAGAGUACAGCGAUUCCGCGGCGGCGGACGUGGGCAGUGUGAAGCAGUUGUUGAUCUCGUCCUACAACAGGGUGCUCGCCCCCAAGGUGAAGGCCGCCAUCAAUGUCGCAGACCACGCCGGCGACGGCGCGCAUCAGCAGCAAGAGCCGCCGAGCUUCACGAGCUGGACGUACCAGUUCCGGACCCUCCUCCUGCGCAGCCUCAAGCAGCGACGUCACGAGACCUUCACCUCGCUUCGCAUCUUCCAGGUAAUUGCGGCGGCUGUGGUGGUCGGGGCCAUGUGGUGGCGGCUAGCGCCGCUGGGGGUGGAGGACAGGAAGGGCCUGCUCUUCAUCGUCCCAAUCUUCUGGGGCUACUUCGCCUCCCUCAACGCCGUGUUCGAGUUCCCGCAGGAGCGGCCCGUCCUGGCACGCGAGCGCGCCUCCGGCAUGUACGCGCUCUCCUCCUACUUCAUGUCCCGCAUGGUCGGGGACCUGCCCAUGCAGCUCGCUCUGCCCACGGCCUUCACCGUCAUCGUCUACCUCAUGGCGGGCCUAAACCCGGCGCCAUCCGCGUUCGCGCUCACCCUCGCCGUUAUCCUCAGCUACGUGCUCGUCGCCGAGGGUCUCGGGCUGGCCGCUGGUGCCGUCAUGAUAGUAGAUGCCAAGCGCGCGUCGACGUUGGUCACGGUGAUCAUGCUCGCCUACAUCAUCAGCGGCGGCUUCUACGUGCAGCACGUGCCGGGGUUCAUGGUGUGGGCUAAGUACACCUCCUUCACCUACUACUGCUACCGCCUCCUCAUCGCUGUGCAGUACAGCGGACACCUUAAGCGCCUGCUACCGUCGGAGGACAUGGACGGCGAGGCAAGCAUCGGUAUGUGCAUUAUCGCGCUCCUUGCCAUGUUCUUCGGGUACCGGUUGCUCGCCUUCCUUGCGCUACGCCAUAUCAGGACCUGA